AAUCACCUCUGGGAUUUUGAUUUUUUUCUUAAACAAACCAAAAACCACAGAAAAUUAAAAAAAAAACCAUUUUUUCUUAGUUUUUGUUAUACAGUUUUGUAAAUAAGUGAUUUUUCUCUUUCACUGAUGUGCGCUAAUGAGGCUGCUGGGCACUGAUAGGCUGCACUGAUGGACACUGAUGAGGAGGCACUGGUAGGUUGCACUGAUGGGGUGGCACUGUUAGGUGGCACUGAUGCGCACUGAUAGG